AUGGUGCAAAUCGAUCCAGCAGCGAUGACUGCUUUCUGGGAGCAAGAGGUCCAGAUGCGCAUCGUGCAGGAUAUACGGGACCAACUGGAACUUGAUGGCUUGACAACAUUCGAGAGUUUUGCCGACUACACCAAGGAUGACUUAUUGGCCAUGAGGAAGCGAAUCAGCUACAUUCAAAACAUCCCUCAUUUUGGUCAAGAUUCGUUCAAACGCCUUGUGAUUGCAUUUGAAGCAUCUCGCAACUACAAGCUUGUUGGUCGCGAAAUCACUGCCGCAAUGAUGCAUUAUGAAAACACAUUGAAACAUUUUGCCGAGGACUGGAAGACCAUUGUUUCCCUUGAAGGAAGGCCUGAACCGCCAGUUCCCACAAUUAGCCAAGCCCUUCCACCAAUGAAAUGGGUCUCUGCGUUUGUGAUUGCAAUGCAGACUACGAAGUCAGCAAGAUUCGGAAUCACCCUGUAUUAUGUGAUUCGCCCGGAGGAAGUGCCAGUCGACCCUGCACCUCCAUUGGAAGAGAACAAAGCUUUUUCUGAAGUCUAUGGUUCUCUUUGGGAUGAGCGACAACUUAGAGCAAGUCAUUCGCACCCAUCCUUCAAAACGGAUGAUAAGACUCUUUUUCAGAAGCUUGAUGAAGCUGUGAGAUCCACGAACUAUGUCUCCUGUAUCGAGCCUUUUCGUGCGAAGGGACAAGGCCGAAAAGCCUACUUUGCCCUUAUCAAAACCUACCUCGGUGAUGACAAGUGGCUAUCAGAGAUCACUAAGUAUGAUAACAUGAUGCGCAACGCAAAGUGGAAAGGAGCUGGUAACCUGACAGUCGAGGCAUACAUUGCUGUGCACCGCAAUGCAUACCAACACCUCGUUUCUGCGUCAGAACAUGUUGCAUACCAGUUGCCUAACCAACAGACGCGUGUCAAACAACUACUUGAUGGAAUUCUUUCCAGUGAUGCUCGAUUGAAUGCGGCAAUUGCAAUGGUCCAAGCUAGCAACGUAAUGAUUGCUGAUUUUGAAUUGGCUUCGGCCCAUAUUCAGCCUCAUUGCCCGGUUGCCAAGCGAAACCUAGGAGGCAAGCGCCAGAGUGCAGAAAUUUCUGCUCUUGAGAUUGACACUGGUGAUGUUGACAUUGCAUCUGUGGGAGUUGGAGGAGGUAAAGGCCAGCGUACCGGCGUCCAUCUUCGCUUCCACACCCUACCAGAGUACCAGAAACUUGGAAACGACGAGAGAAAGGAACUUGCGGAGUGGCGACUGACUCCAGCUGGCAAAGCAGCCCAAGCCGCAGGCAUCCUGCUAAGAGAUAGCAAGAAGCAGAGUGGAAAGGGUUCCCCCAAGAAAGGGAAGAAAAGCUAUGCCAAAGUGUCAGCUGCGUUGGUCAAGAAGCAAGUUGCUAAGGCCCUCGAAGCAAGUAAAGAAAAGGACAAGAAGACAUCUGAGCAAGUGAAGAAGGAUGCACUGCUAGCGUCGCUCCUUGCUGAUGCUUCUAACAAUCCUGCAAUGCAAGCCAAAUGCAGCAUCGGAGCAACCUAA